AGGACUGGGAGGGGAAGUGGGCGGUCGCUGGAUCAGUGUUGGCCCCCAGUCCCGGCAGGAGGCACAGGAUGCGUUGCCUCAGCGCCAAGCACCUGUUGAGUGUCCGCCCCGGGGGAAGGGACCCAGGGGUAGGUUACCGGGAGAAAUGGGUUCAGGCUCCUCCUACACGCACCUGCCCCACCAGGACAAUUCUGCCGUUCCCGAUCCGCGCUGAUAAAGCCCGGCGCUCCGAGCCCUGGGCACCUCUGGAGGGGGACCUGGGAUCCCACUGCGGUGCUGGGGCACGACCGUGGGGCCGUCUCCAGGUGCACUGCCAGGUUUCUGCAGAGAGAACCCCCAGGCAACGACAGUGGAGACCGCAGAUUUAUAGGAAAUGCACAGAUACGACGUGGUUGUUCUUGUUCUUUCUUUUUUGGACGGGUUUGAUGUUCAUCACAGGUUACUCGGUGGUCGCUGGAGCCACAGGAAGACUUCUCUUUGGCUAUGACAGCUUUGGCAAUGUGUGUGCCAAGAAGAGCUACCCAGUAGAAGGGGCUCCUCUUUCAGGGCAGGACAUGACCCUAAAAAAACAUGUGUUCUUUAUGAAUUCCUAAGUCAAGGAUGGCAGGCUUGUUUCCACUGCCCUCUGUGUAUCCAACUGUCCUGAAGAGAAGCUCGAUACCCUGGAAGAGAUCCAGCUCUUUGCAAAGAACAGUGGGUCCUUCCUGUGUGUUUAUAGUUUGAAUUCUUCCAACUACACUCAGAAUGCACAUGCAGACUCAUUGUGCCCCAGGCUACCAGUUCCUCCAAGCAAGUCUUUUCCCUUGUUCAAUCGAUGCAUUCCUCAAACACUGGAAUGCUAUUCUCUGUUUGCAUCUGUUUUGGUAAAUGAUGUUGACACCCUCCAUCGAAUUCUAAGUGGAAUAAUAUCAGGAAGAGACACAAUCCUUGGCCUGUGUAUCCUCUCAUUAAGCUUGUCUUUGGCCAUGGUGUUCACCUUCCGAUUCAUCACCACCCUUCUGGUUCACACUUUCAUUGCAUUGGAUAUUUUUGGACUGUUGUUUGUCUGCGGUGUCUUAUGGUGGCUGUAUUAUGACUAUACCAAUGACCUCAGCAUAGCAUUGGACACAAAAAGGGAAAGUAUGACGUGCUUGCUGGGGUUUGCUGUUGUAUCUACAGUUCUCACGGCAGUUCUGCUUGUCUUGAUUUUUGUCCUGAGAAAGAAAAAGGAAUCGGCAGUUGAACUUCUCUGGGUCACAAAUAAAGCCAUUAGCAGCUCUCCUUUCCUGCUGUUCCAGCCACUGUGGACAUUUGCAAUCCUCAUCAUCUUCUGGGUCCUCUGGGUGGCUGUGCUCCUGAGCCUGGGGACUGCAGGAGCUGCCCAGGUUAUCGAAGGUGGCCAAGUGGAAUAUAAACCUCUUUCUGGCAUUUGGUAUAUGUGGUGGUACCAUUUAAUUGGCCUCAUCUGGGCUAGCGAAUUCAUCCUUACAUGCCAGCAAAUGACUGUAGCGGGGGCAGCAGUUACUUCUUAUUUCAACAGAAAUAAAAAUGACCCUUCUGAUGGCCCAAUCCUUUCAUCUCUCUCCAUUCUCUUCUGCUACCACCAAGGAACAGUUGUAAAAGGGUCAUUUUUAAUCACCAUGGUGAGGAUUCCAAGAACCAUUCUCAUGUACAUUUACAAUACUCUGAAAGACAAGCAGUGGAGUGCAUGGGCAAGGAGCAUGUUCAGAUGUUGCUUCUGCUGUGUCUGCUGUCUUGACAAAUGCCUGCACCAUCUCAACCAGAAUGCAUAUACUGCCACGGCCAUUAAUGGGACAGACUUUUGUACAUCAGCAAAAGAUGCACUCAAACUCUUAUCGAAGAAUUCAAGUCAUUUCACAUCUGUUAACUGCUUUGGAGACUUCAUAAUUUUUCUAGGGAAGGUGUUAGUGGUGUGUUUCACUGUUUUUGGAGGACUGAUGGCAUUUAACUAUCACCGAGUGCUCCAAUUGUGGGCAAUCCCACUGCUAUUGGUAACUUUUUUUGCCUACCUAGUGGCCCAUAGCUUUUUAUCUGUGUUUGAAACUGUGCUGGAUUCACUUUUCCUAUGUUUUGCUGUUGAUCUGGAAACAAAUGAUGGAUCACCAGAAAAGCCCUACUUUAUGGACCAAGAGUUUUUGAGUUUUGUUAAAAGGAUGAACAAAUUAAAUAAUGCAAGGGCACAGAGAGAAGAGAAUUUAAGGAAUGAAGAAGGAAGAGAACUCCGACCCAUUGUGAGAUAA